AUGUACACAGUUGAGUUCCAGAAGAGAGGGUUGCCACAUAUCCAUCUAUUAGUUUGGCUUGCUGAAGAGGACAAGUUGCGAACAACAGCCGAUAUAGAUGCAGUGUUAUCGGCAGAACUUCCAAACCCUGAGGUUGACCCUUUGGGAUAUGACUCUGUUGUCAAAUACAUGCUUCAUGGACCUUGUGGUGGAGCAAAUGCAAACGCUCCAUGUAUGAGAGACAAGAAAAACUCCAGGAAAGAUAAGUGUUCCAAACAUUUCCCAAAGGAUUUCAAUUCAGCAACUACGUUUGACAAGUCUGGUUGUGCUAUCUAUAGAAGAAGGGACUCUGGAAUCCAAGUGCAAAAGGGAGUGCAAUUUUAG